AUGAAAGGUUUUAUGUUGAUUAUUUUCGUCGUCGUUGCUGUCCCCUAUGGUAAGUACUCCCCUUGAAAUGCUGGUAUUUAAUUGACUCUAUAAUUUCAGUAAAUAACGGCUUUGCAGUUGAUACAGAAAAAUGUAAAAAUUUAUUAGAUGGUUAAAUGAUUUUCAAAAGGAAGAAUUAUUUCAAAUGUUUUGCAAUCUCCCAGAUCCACUCAGUUUUGUUAAUGCGUGCUACUUUAAACUAAACAAAUUAACCGAGCUAUUAAACGGUUGAUAGCGACUUGUCAAUAUCAACCGUAUAACAUUGAGAACUGACUUAUGAGAAAAUAACAAAUAAUCUACAUUAACUCUAUGAGCUGAACCGUUCUCGAUCUACAGCUGUACGCGGCAUUUUUCCGUCGUAAAUUAUGGUAACCGCUUUGUAAAUGGCCUAAUUUCAGAUUUAACUACCUACUUCUAUAGUCCCUGCCCACUUAAGAUUUACUCAGUAAUUAGUGUUUUCAACCAAGAGGAAACGUUUAAUUCAUUUGUCCUUGACUUAAGGAUGUAACGUUUUAGUCUGUGAUCAACAUCUCUAGAACCAAUUGAAUGCUAUAAGCCCGUUUUAAAACUUGGUCAACAUUCCUUUGACAAAUCAAGCAACUAAGUUAUAAUUUAUCUGCGUUGGGCUUUAUAUCAACUAAUUCACUCAAGUGCUUAUCAUACUUUUGCCCUUCCACAAAUCAAGUGCAAAAAAUAGUGCGCAAAAUUCAUUAUCAAACUAAAUGAUUUAUUUGCUCGAGAAUUUUACUGGAAGCUUUCUAGAACUUUUUCGCUUCGUUAAAAGGUGUGAACUUCCAUAUGCUAAUCCUAGUUCAUGUUCAAAAUGUUGUUUUCAAAUCCUCGUUUAAUCACUGCUUUCAAUUAACAAAACAAUUCUUUUGAAAUUUUAUUUCCCAUUGUAAGUAUAAGCAAAUUUACAUCUCCUCUUCUAAACUCGACGACUCCCAAGAAAAAAGCCAAAAAAAAUUCGGUUCAGUCUGAUUAACGUUAUUUAAGUGAAAUUGAAAGUCUAAAAGCCGUUCAAUAUAACGAAGAGAAUUUUAAAGAAAAUUUCUUUACAAAAACAUAAGCUGAAAAAAAAAGUGCUUUAAACAAGUAUGAACUAGAUUUGUUAUGAAUUCUCAAUACAUUUCUGACUUAACCGGCCGGUGUAUACUUAAAACAAGCUUUAGGUAAAAGCCAAUGGUAUUUCUCUUUCAUUUUAGCGCAACUCUCUAGAAGCUUCUUAAAGGCAUUUUUAACAGUAAAGUAUAAUGCCAGUAAUUCAGGAGAUGCUUCUUUUGUAAACGAUGCAAAUUUGAAGGCACAGAGAACAAUUAAGAUGACAAAGGCUAACCCUUAUAAAAGGCACAUUAAGUAGAACACAUGACGCUCGAUGGUAAAAUAUCGGUGGAAUUCAAAGACUCCAUUCGAAAAUUAAAAGACUUAUGAUUUUUCCAGGGCGUUGGCGCUCUUUUAUAGUCAUGCAACCUACAAGAAAAUAAUUUUGACAAGAAUUAAAAGAAUUAAAAACGUAUUCAUCUCUUAGAGUUUCGCUUAGACUAUUUUGUCUCCUCCUAACAAGCUUCAUUUAAUGGCCAGAAAAUAAUGGUGAACACUGUUUUACUCCGCGCUCCCAAGGGUAAGGAAAAAUCUGAACAAUUUAUUACUGAGAGUCACGUCCGGUUGUUUCGAUACAGUUUUUCGGAGACCACACCGAUAUCUUUCAAUCGCCUUAAAUUAUAAGUAAUUUUAUCCUUGUCCAAUCGCUAUGAAAUUUUCACCACUGACUGACUUUGGUUUGAAGUUUGUCAAAAUUGUAGUUUUAAGUGAAAUCAAUAUCACCAUGACAACAAUAAACGAAAAAAGUUUGAAAUCGAUAAAACUCCGUGUUCGACCCACUGCUGGAAAGCCGACGUCAGGAACUAAAUUCUGAAAGUUCAAAUAAAAGGCAAAUAUAUUUCAAACUUUAUAUUUUCAAUAGCCGUGAUGAAUUGCUUAAAAUAAAAAAGGACUAAAUAAUACAAAUUCACCUUAAGAAGCGUCAAGAUGCUGUUUAAUAUCAUAUUUCGCUGCUCGGAGAUUUUGGUGUAUUUUCUUUCUUGCUAUCCUGAAAACCUAACCUGUUUUCUCCUCCGUGAUCCGGCCAAGUGCAGCUUUAUUUUCAUUUUGACUUUUAGCACUCUUCUGUAGAUCUCUAGAACGGCUCGAAAGAAUCCCUUUUGAACCUCGUCACAUAAUCUCCACGAUGUAUACAAUAAUGAAGGAAACUUUCAUUAAGAUUGAUUCACCGCAAUACCUUGAAAUUUCAAGAGAAACCUUCCCAGGCCAAAAAAAUCCGCGGUGCAUUACAUUCAAUGCUUUGACGCUAAUUUUUCCAAAUUAAAGCAGACCAUACAUACCUCCAUGAUGGGUAUAUUUCAGUGCGAAUAUUAUCAAUUUUUUUACAUUAAAAAAAUGCAAUAAAACUCAAAUAGAAAUCUAGUCAUUGCGCUGAGAUAACCGGUUAGAUCUCAGGAAAUACACUAACAUUUCCAAGCAGUGAAUUAUGAUAUUAACCAGCAUUCUGACACUACUUAAGAUUAAUUAAUUUGAAUUAUUUAGAACUUUUAAUUAAACAAUUUAUCACGGCUAUUGAAAAUAUAAAGUUUGAAAUAUAUUUGCGUUUAAUUUGAAUUAAAACAUACAGAAUUUUUUCCUUCUCACGGAGGUUAUUUGCUACUGAAAUACCACACUUUAAGUCCCCGGUGUCGGAUUUUUAAAAGCAGCUUUUACGGGCUUUUACCAAUUUCGACGUUUUUUGUUUAUUGUUGUCAUAGUGAUAUCGAUUUUACUCAAAAACAACUUCACUUCAGAUAGUUAAUCAUUGGUGAAAUUGUAUAGCGAUUGGACAAGAGUAAUAGUGUAUAAUAUGUCGAAAAACCUUAACAUAAAGUUUGUAUGAGGGAUGAUGAAUUGAAAAAUAUCUAAACAAGGAAUAUAAGACGAAUUUAGAGCAAGAGUAUCUUUAAGCCUUCUUUAGUUGUUCAUCACUGUUCUAAGAACCAGUAACCUUCAUGAGUGAAAUCAACAAGACCAAACAACAUUAGCCUGUUCCAGGCGUUCAGAACAAUGAGAGCGCGGGAGAAAAAUUUAUGACAAAACCGUUCUCCCCGAAGUACAAUAAAUCUCGCUCGAUCCCCACCAUCUGACCGCCCCGUUCUACUAUCUGAAAGCCUGGAACAGGCUAAAACAAAAUGUUCUCCUAGAAAAUUACAUUUCAGGUUCAAUACAAGGAAAAAAACUUAAGCUGACUUUCCAUUGGUUAGCCGGUGUAAUAAACCGGCAAGCGGGAGCUUUAGGCUAUGAGAGAGUUAAAAAAUGGCGAAUCGAAGUUCGAUCAGUUGGUUUACUUUAUGUAAACUAAUAACCUUUGGUCAAAAAAGAGACGAGUUUCUUCUGGCUAUGUAUUUUUGUGUAAACAUUUUAAGCCAACCAAACCAUUGUCAUAUAAUUGCAAAAUAUCUUAGGAGUCAGCACAAUGCGUGCACACUUUACGACCAAUCAUUUUAUAAAGUAUACUGAACAUACUGAUAUGUCGUUUACGAAGUGGAAUAAUAGUACAAAUAUUUUCUUCGUAUAGGGAAUGAUUUUCUUGUUUUAUUUUGUUUAGCUUUGGGAAUACGGUGCUAUGACUGCAAGAUUAAAAGUAUUGCUUCCUUGUGUGACAAGACCUUGUCCAACGUUACUAACGCCGUAAACUGCUCAGGCAUCUUCGACACCUGCGUGUCUACUGCUCUGACAAUCAAGUCCAAACUAGGAAAUCUCGAAAAAUCAGCGUAUAUGAUGACCUGUGGCCAAAAGGUGAGUAUUGCUCUGCUAAACAACAUGACAAACUGACAAACGAGCAUCAUGCAUUGUGUAUUAAAGCAUGUUCACUAUUAGCGUUACCUGGUUGAUGACAGCUGCGUCCUGAACUGAUUUAGGGCCUGUUUACCAGGAGUUGGGGAACCCCAGGUAGGUGAGGGUACUCCCUUUAUUUUAAUUUGAUCACGUUUUCAUGAUAGGUGGUGUAACCAUAUAAGAGAUUAUAUGAAUAGGCGGGUUACCCCACCUAAGCGGGUUACCUUACUUACCUUGGGUCCCCCACCUCCAUGAGAACAGACUCUUAACUCGGCGCAGCCUAGCGUUUCGCGCUUCGGUUACGCUUGGUUGUGUUCCAGCACAUUGCUCCACUGAUUGGGCUUGAUAGCUCAGUACUAAGCUUACACCGGCGCAGGAAGAUCUAACUCAGAGGUGGGUAGUUCGAAUCUCGUCGUGUCUGAAUAUUUUCUAUGAUCCCUGGUUUAUAUCGCUUUCCUUGCUGGCAUUUUAUUCAGAAAAAAUUCAGCGUGCUACCACCUUAUAAGCAUUUAAUUUUAUACUGCAUUAAUUCCCCUUGGCUGACUUACCCCCGGUACUGAUGAAAGCUCAUUUAGCUCUUGUGGUUCAGUCUUUAUUCUGACAAGGAUAACCAGCAAUUGAAUUAACGGGUCUCAAUUUUCAGUUAUUCGUUCUAUUCUCUUGCAGAGCAUCGGAUGUUCCAAAAUCGAAACCGAUAAUUGUGGUCGUGAAGGCUUUAGGAAGUUCAUCAACAAAAUCCCCGGAUUUGAAGUGACCAAGUGUGGCGUGGCAUGCUGUGAUUCGGACAUGUGCAACAAAGCUGACAUAGUCAAACCCAAACCAAUGACCGAGAGCUUGGGUGUUAGCACAAGCGCCCGAUCCGUCUUUGUUGUCAGCGGAAUCAUUUUUACUGUGGGAUUGAUUUUGUGA